ACCCAAAGGCACUUUUAAGAGCCAACCUCUAUCUCUAUCCAUCUAUCUGUCUAUCUGUCUAUCUAUCUAUCUAUCUAUCCAUCUAUCUAUUUAUUUAUAUCUAUCCAUCUAUCUAUCUAUCCAUCUAUCUAUCUAUCUAUCUCGACCUCUCGCAAUGCCAGGGGGGUCUACAAAAAAGAUUUGUCCCUUUUGUCAGGGUAUUUUAUUUUGCGCACAGAAGAUCUGCUUGAAUUGUAAAAAGGAGCAGCCUCUGAAGCAGCGACCCAAGAAAAAGCUUCAGAGAUUUGAUGAGAAGCGAGAGGAAUGGGUGGUUGGUCAUAAGAAGAACCACAACAUUGCAUCCAUCAAGGAUGAAGCAAUUGUCAUGGACUACCUUCAGAAGAUAGGUUCAUUUUAUGAAUACCUCUGUGAAGGUUGGAACCAGAAUUCCAGUGGCAAUGAUGAUCAGCUGAUUACUCUGCACCUCACACCCUGUGACUCAUUGGAGAACACAAGCAGCCGGGAGGAGGUGAGGACCACACAGGUGGAAGAGACAAGGAACAUGCAGGUGGAGCAGGCGACCAUUAUGGAGGGGCAGGCGGAGCAGAUGAGCAUCACGGAGGGGCAGGCGGAGCGGGCGACCAUUAUGGAGGGGCAGGCGGAGCAGAUCAGCACUACAGUGGGGCAGGUGGAGCAGAUGAGCAUCACGGAGGGGCAGGCGGAGCAGAUGAGCACUAUAGAGGGACAAGGAGGGACCAAGGCAUAUGCCUCUGAGGAAAAAGCCACAAAAGAGAGUGGUAUAGUGUCUUCAAAAAGACCGUUAGCAUCACAACCGUUAACUAUAGAGGCUAACAAUUAGAGGAGCGUCAGAAAAAAAUACCUAAAACAGGGGAAGUUACAAAACAAUUUGUAAUGUGAGCUGCUGACAGAGAUACAGGAAACACAGAGCUGGAGCGGAGCAGAUCUCCUGUCAAGAACAUCUCCAAAGCACCAUGAACCAUCUGACUAGGCAGUUCGUGAAGACGGAUAACCUGGACAGAAGUCAGUUCCAGAUCCAGCCUCCACACCAGACUUCUCACUCACAAGGAUUGCUGUCUACUAGAUAUUAUGUGUACUCUUCAGACUUAGGUUCAUGCAGAUAUUAUUCAGGGACAUGAACACUUGAAUACUGCAAAAAUAGAGAAACUACCUUAUUUAAGAAUUUUGUGUUAAUUGCGUGAACAUUAAACAAAUAUAUUUAUUUUACUGUUUUUUGUUUUGUAUUCCAAAGCACCUAAAAGCCAAUUCACACUGCCAUACUCCAACAGGGUGAACACACUGACCAAGCAAAAC